CAGGCCAGCUGUCUUAUUCUUUGGUCCUGGCGCCCCCAUCACGAGCGUUGCUUCAUUAUUCAUCUCUCUCAUCUCUGAUCAUCGCAUCCUCAUUUUCUCUCUCCUCUGUGAUCAUCCACAAACCCAACGUUUUUGCAGCAGCACUUCUACUCUCAGUACUUACCCAUAACCCAAUCCAAUCCCCCUUCGCCGCCCAAGAUUCCCCUCUCUUUCUUUCCCAACACAUUUAAACUAUAUAUUUUAUUAUCAUCAAUUUAAAGAAAUGAUUUCUCUCAAAUUUAGCUUCAUCUCCCAUUAAUUUUGUUGUCAAUAAAGCAAGAGAGAGAAAACUCAAUUAAAAUCUCAUACGCAGUAUUCUCAUACCAAUACAAUCCAAAUUUCUAGAAAUUAUCCUGACUAAAAGAAAAACAAUGAAGAGGGAGCUACCCUUUUCCAAUCCAGGACCUUCCGCCGGUGGCGGGGGUAGUCUGGGUGGUGGUCCUCCUACCACCACCGGAAAGUCUAAGAUGUGGGAAGAUCAAAACGACGCGGGAGUAGAUGAACUGCUUGCCGUUUUGGGGUACAAGGUGAGGUCAUCAGACAUGGCGGAAGUCGCACAAAAGCUAGAACAGCUUGAGCAAGCUAUGGGGAAUGUUAGAGAAGAUGGUCUUUCUCAAUUGGCUUCCGAGACGGUUCAUUAUAAUCCUUCAGAUCUGUCUACUUGGCUUGAAUCUAUGCUUUCUGAGUUCAAUCCAUCGUCAACUAGUUUUGACCCGGCGAAUCCGAUACUACUGCCUUCUAUUGGGUCGCGUGUAGAUCCGAUUAUUGUGAACCCAACUCCUCAGGGUUCUGUUAAGUUUGGAGGAUCGGACCCGUAUUCGGAUUAUGAUCUCAAAGCUAUUCCAGGUAAAGCUAUCUUAACUCCUCCAUCACCUUCUUCUUCAGCUUUGGUUGUUAAUAAUAGUAGUAGCAGUAAUAGUUUGGUUAGUACUACUACAAGUAGUUCAAGUUCGAGGGAGGCGAAGAGGUUGAAGGCCUCUAGUUAUACAAACCCCCAAUCAGCUAAGGCCACCGCUUCGGGCUUAACCUCAUCGAUAUUGACCACGAACACGGCCGUGUCAUCUCGGCCGGUUGUGUUGGUGGAUUCGCAAGAGAACGGGGUGAGAUUGGUUCAUACUCUGAUGGCAUGCGCUGAGGCGAUUGAGCAACAGAAUAUGGGGUUGGCUGAAGCUCUGUUGAAACAAAUUGGAUUUUUAGCGGCUUCUCAAGUUGGAUCUAUGAGGAAAGUUGCGACUUAUUUUGCUGAAGCUCUUGCAAGGCGGGUGUAUAAAGUAUGCCCAGAUGUUCCAUAUGAUGGGAAUUUAUCCGAUAUGUUGCAGAUGCACUUUUAUGAGACUUGCCCGUAUCUUAAAUUUGCUCAUUUCACUGCAAAUCAGGCAAUUUUGGAGGCUUUUAGUGGGAAAAAAAAGGUUCAUGUGAUUGAUUUUAGUAUGAAAGAAGGAAUGCAAUGGCCGGCUUUGAUGCAAGCUUUAGCGCUUAGGCCCGAGGGUCCGCCGGCUUUUCGUUUAACCGGGAUCGGGCCGCCAGCUCCGGAUAAUUCAGACCGAUUGCAGGAAGUCGGUUGGAAGUUAGCUCAAUUUGCUGAUUCAAUUCAAAUCCAGUUUGAGUACCGUGGGUUUGUAGCCAAUAGUUUGACCGAUUUGGAAUCAGCUCUACUUGAACUUAGACCGGAUACAGAGGUGGUGGCGGUUAAUUCGGUUUUCGAGCUGCAUCGGCUGCUAGCUCGACCGGGCGCCGCAGAUAAGGUUUUGGGUUUGAUGAAGGAAGUGAACCCGGUUAUCGUAACAGUGGUUGAACAGGAAGCGAAUCACAACGGACCGGCUUUCUUAGAACGAUUCAACGAGUCACUACACUAUUACUCCACCUUGUUUGACUCGUUGGAGAGCUGUGUAGACAGCCAGGAUAAGAUGAUGUCGGAGAUGUACCUAGGUAGUCAAAUAUGCAACGUGGUAGCUUGUGAAGGUGUUGACCGAGUGGAACGCCACGAGACAGUAGCUCAGUGGAGGACUCGGUUCGGAAAAGCCGGGUUUGCCCCGGUCCACAUCGGGUCAAACGCGUUUAAGCAGGCUAGCAUGCUGUUAGACUUCUUUGCAGGUGGGGAUGGGUAUGGGGUGGAGGAGAAUGGUGGGUGUUUGAUGUUAGGGUGGCAUAGUAGGCCACUCAUUACCACCUCAGCUUGGCAACUCGCCCAAAACAGCAAAUCGCCAAUUCGUCACUGAGUUCAACUCGAGUCGAUCUAAUUUUGUGGGAAACAUGAUGAUAAGGGGUGGGAUGGGUUGAGAGCGAAAGGUCGUAAAAACCGAACCGAGUUAGGUAACUCGGUGGGCCCACCACCUAACCGCUGGCCAAUUCUCUCUCUGACACUGAUUGAUGUGCUGAGCUGUGUUAGUGCGGUUGGGACCCACCACUAGUUCUCAAUUCCCAAUUCAGCUAGUACUGUCUUUUCUUUUCUCUCCUUUCUCUCUCCUCUCUUUAUCUCCUCCUUAAAAAUUCCUCUCUUUUUUUAUUUACUCAAAAACAAAAUUUCUCUCUUUUUCAAUUUUCAUCUUUAUCUUGUGAUGAUAUUUUGGGUCUUUUUUUUAUUUACCUUUUUGGUGUCUUAAGGAAGGUGUAAGUUUUCCUGUGAGGGUGAAAUUUAGAGGUGAAAAAGUUGUAUUUAUAUAUGGCCUUUUCUGUUCUGUUCUGUUCUCUCAAAUAAAAAGGGGCAACAUAUUCUAAUGA